CGACAUGCAAGAGCUCUCGGACGAGAGCCUCCGCCAGAUCGAAGCCGAGUUUGAUGCCCACCGACGCCACGUUGAGGCGACGCGCGACGCCUACCAGCGCCAAAAGGCGGCGGCACUUACGCAAAAGGCGGUCGACCUGCGCGGUACCCUCAGCGAUCUCGACGCUCAAGUGGCUGCAUCGCGGGUCGCCCGCCAGACCUUGCGCUCGCAACUGCUCACAAAGAAGGCCCACGUACAGUCGCAAAUGGCGCAGCAACUGGAGCUCCAGCGAGAAGCGUGGCACGUCACGAGGAGCCACGAGCUCGAAGAAGCCGCGCGCCGGCGUUUGGACUUGGAGCAACUGCAGACCCAACGACACCAUUUGGAGCGUCUGGAGCAAACAUCAAUGGUUCAGCUGAAUGCCAUUGAUGCCGAGCGCUCGCGGCGACGCCAGCACGACGUCAGCAAAAUUGAGCACUUGCUCGUAAAAGGGUCGGUGCUCGAGCGCCAGCUCCCACACGACGCCUUAUUCAAUAUCGUGGCCGAGACGUCGCCGGCCAUAGAUUCUGUUCAUUUUGCCAACGAGUGCGAAGGUCGACUACGCAUCGAGCACGAGCAAGCGACGCACCGACGUCACGACCAGCUUCGCCAGCUCAACGCCGACCGCGCUGCUCUGGAAAAACAAGAAGAAGACCUUCGGCAAAAGCAACGCGAGCUUCACUACUUGGCGUCCAAGGGCGUUGACUUUCUCGUUGAGAUUGAGUUUGGUCACGCGCCGCCGGUCGAAUUGAUUUUGAAAAAUAUGCCCGACGAGAUCGCGAUGCCCGAUGCUGACGUCGACACGAUCGACGAGGUCCUCGACGACGCAACGAAAUGGCUCGCGUCUGGGGAUACGACGCUGGCAGCGAUUGCUCAGAGCAUACCCAGCUCAGCACCGCCAGUGCCCAGUCCUCUACGCCCACUGUCACCGCUGCCAAGGACACCAACCACAAUGCUCUUGCAAAGUUUGGUCUGCGAUCUGAUCGACCAGAUUCUGGAGAUGCUACCAGCGCCGCUGGUCAGAGCCAACGUCUUGGCGCAGCAGUGCGUCUGGAAGGACACGCGGCGGAAUCUGCGUCGUGUCGCGCGCCGAGAGCGAUAUCAGCGUGCGGUCCACCUUGUUCGCGACGCUCUUUUGGACGAUGUUGUCCACAGUACGAUCUUGGAUCUGUGGUCCGAAGCUUCUGCGGCGCAACACGGCGUCCGUAGUCUGCUGCUCACGGCGCUACAACGCGUGCUCUGUCCGCCCGACCAAAACGAUGCGGUGUCGAGUGCAUUCGACGAGCUCCAGACGCGCCGGCGUCGCCAAGACCUCGAGGUUUCGACUAGCGUCAUCCUUGUAGCAUCGGUGCUGCAACCGAGACCACCCCCGCCACCCACCGCGGUGUUGUCGAUGAAACCAGCGACGCUACAAGUUUAUACAGAGCUCCCGACGCCAAUAGACAUUGCCAAGCGCCGCAUCGUGCCACCAGACCAGACGAUGGUGACGGUGCAGCGAGCGUACUGGAAACAUGUGCGCCUGGCGCCCGUUGUCAUCAGCGCGACAUUGCGCCACAGCAUUGCUCACAUUUAUGCGCGUGGACGACACGUGUACGUUGUCGGCGCCAAAGGCGACGUGAGCAUCGUCGAUAUCACUACCAACGUCGUUGUGCGCGAGGUCCCGGGUUCGAACCCGAUCGCCCACCUGGAGAUUGGGUUGGUGCCGGGGUAUCUUUUGACGGUCCAGAAGAAACACACUGAUUUGCUGUCUCUCAACACUGCGGGUGCCCGCACCGUUGCAACGAUCACGAAAGACGACGUUGCUCGGCCAAGCUACACCGUCGACGACGUGGUCCUUGGUCACAUUUUGCCGUCGGUCUCAGUCGUCGGCGCCCCCACGAGCGCCGUUGUAGGGACAAAAGAUGGCGCCAUCAUCCGGCUUCAGCUUCGUCGACUGCUUCGACCUGCGUCGACCGACGCACGGGACUUUUUCCAUGGGCACAACAGCCCGAUUACGUAUCUCGGACACCGGGGCACGGACCUUGUGAGUGCCGACGUCGCCGGCGUCGUGUGCUUCUGGACGAUGACACCGCAGUAUCGCACGGGCUUUGGCUGGUGGGUGCCAUCUGCCACUGUGAACCUAAGUGCCACCAUACACGCGGCAGCGAUCACAUCGACGGCCACCCACCUCGCGCUUCUCGUCGGCGGCGCACUCCAGCCGCAGAUUUUGCAGCUGUCGCUACCAGACCUUUUGCUCGAACCCAUCGAGAUCUUACUCCCGCGUUUGCGACCACCGACCGAAUUCGCGCUGCUGCCACCGGUCGAAGGGCUCCCGAUGGACUAUGCACUCGUCUCGUACGAAGGCAUUUUGUUUGUGUACUCGCUCUGGACUGGCACGCCCGUGAGCUCGACGCCGCUCAAAGAAUCCAUGGUCUCAUUAAGCGCUGCGCAUGACCGCAUCCUUGGGCUAAUCAAAGGCAAGAUCACGUGCUUCCGCAUCGACGACGCGACGUCCGGGGCCGACUUUGCAGCCAGCGUCCACCACACGGGUGCCCGCCCGGUUCCGACCAUGAUACGCCGCAUGGAGGUCCAAAUCGACCGACGAGCGAUGCACGCGUUCCUUGAGAAAAUGUUGUGGGACCUCGCGUUCACUGCGCCGCCGGCGACGGAGGAAAAAGAGCAUCAACCUAACGAGCAAUAAGACUAUAAGCAAUUAUCCAUAACACGGAGAUCGUCAACGCCA